CCACUGCGAGCUCCGCUUCUCAAACACACUUGUCACCUUCUCUCCCCGCAUCGCAACGAUAAGCCCGUGAACCCGACCCCGCGCGCCACCCGUCCUUCCCACCCCCGAGCGAGCUAGAGAGGAAGACGAUGCAGCUCAUGGCGGCCAGGAAGCUUCUAGAGCAGCCGGGCACCGCCGCGCCGCCGGUGCUGGGCGGCUCCAUCGCCGACGACAGGGACAUCGUCAUCAUCCUCGCGUCGCUCCUCUGCGCGCUCAUCUGCGUGCUCGGCAUCGGCCUCGUCGCGCGCUGCGCGUGCUCCCGCCGCGGCGGCGGCGGCCCCGACGCGGCCGCCGCCAACAAGGGCGUCAAGAAGUCCGUGCUCCGCGCGAUCCCCACCGUCGAGUACGUCUCCCCCGGAGGCGGCGGCAAGGGGAAGGAGGAGGAGGAGGCGGCGGCGGAGGAGGGGGAGCAGUCCGAGUGCGCCAUCUGCCUCUCCGACUUCGAGCACGGCGACGCCAUGCGCGUGCUCCCCCAGUGCGGCCACGCGUUCCACGCCGCCUGCAUCGACAAGUGGCUGCGCGGGCACUCCUCCUGCCCCUCCUGCCGCCGGAUCCUCGUCCUCCAGCUUCCCCAAGGCGAGCGGUGCCAGCGCUGCGGCGCGCGGCCAGAGCCAGCCGCCGCCUCCGCGGUCUGGAAGCCGACACACUACAGCGAGGUCCCGCCCUUCUUGCCGUAGAAGGCGCAGCCGCAUCGCGCGCUCCGGAGAUUCCGGGGGGCUAGAGCUAGAAGAGGAACAGAGAAACCGACCAAACCAUAAGCCUGAGAUGGUUAAAUUUCUCGUUUGCUUGCUAGAUUUUAGUGCCCUAGCUAGCUGGAAAUGGAUAGCAUUUGGGAAAAAAUUCCGAGUCAGAGAUCCUGGUUUGCAACUUGCAAGUGGAUGGCUGCAGCUUUUUCGCUUUGUACAUUUUGUAAAGUGAUGAGAAUAAGAUCUGCAAUUUAGCUCCAAUUGAGAGGAUCCGAAUGUCUUGCUCCCCAAUUGUGGUCGACAAAGAUUCUGAUCCUGAGUAAUUUGACAAAACUGUAAUUUACUAGCAAGUGGAUGAUAGUACUGCUACUCUGCUAGCAAUAUCACCUGCAAUGGUUAUCUCUGCAACAUUUAUCUGCA